AUGGUGGGGAGACUUCUAGGGCCAAAGAAUAAAUUUCUUGGCUUCAAGGGUACUAUCUCUACGAUUUGGCGCAUGAAAUCUGGUUUGUCAAUUCAGGAUAUUGGAAAUCGCUUCGUGUUUCAGUUUGGUCGUGAGAAUAAACAUAACAAGAUCUUGCAUGGAGGUCCUUGGUUCUACGGAAAUACUAUGCUGGUGCUUAGAAGUUAUGAUGGCAUAGGACUGGUGGCUAAAAUUCCUUUGAAUUCGGUGGAGACUUGGGUCGCCGUCAAGGGCCUUCUGGUGGGACUUCGAAACAAGGCGGCUUUGACUCUGGGUAGGGUGAUCCAGCUAGACCAAACUGCCUUGCAUAGGAAGGAAAAAGAACAAAGGGUUAAAUUGGUACUUGAUGUCAGGCGUCGGGUUAGGGUUUGGAAACUGUUUGAAUUUUCACUGGUGGUGGUGACGGUGGAGCUGUUUUUCACCUAUGAAAAGGUGAGAGGGUUCUGUCUCAAUUGUGGUUUCUUUGAACAUGGUGAGGCAGGUUGUGAUGUACUGCUGACAAGGGAGAAGGAUGACAUCCUUGCUCAGAUGCAGGCUUUGACGUUGGCCAGUCUAUCCUUGAAGGACAAACAGACAAACCCUACGGCGAUGAGGGAUGACUAG